AACAAUCGCUGAUAAUAUUCGGGAAAGAUGAUUUUCGGAAUAGCUGCCCAAAAGAUUAUUCAACCAUCAGUUACAUUCGUAUUCCGCCAACAUUGCGGUUUCCGAAAAAUCAGUCCACUUUGUACUUCCACAUCGAUUCGUCAAACUAUAAGCAAAAAAUACAGCAAAAUGACGUACCAAAUCGAAGAGAGAGGUUCGCCCAACACAAUUGACUACAAAUUAUACAUAAAAAAUGAAAAUGGUGUAGUAGUUUCACCAUUCCACGAUAUUCCAUUGCUAGCUGAUAACACAGGCAAAGUUUUCAAUAUGGUAGUGGAAAUACCUAGAUGGACAAACGCAAAAAUGGAGAUCAACACAAAAUCUUGCCUUAACCCAAUAAUUCAAGACACUAAAAAAGGGAAAUUACGUUUUGUACCAAAUGUGUUCCCACACAAAGGUUACAUAUGGAACUAUGGUGCAUUACCUCAAACUUGGGAAAAUCCUGAAUUACUUGAUGAGCAUACAGGGUGCAAAGGGGAUAAUGAUCCUUUAGAUGUACUUGAAAUUGGCUACAAAGUGGCAAAACGAGGAGAAAUACUGAAAGUAAAGGUAUUGGGAACUGUCGCUUUGAUUGACGAGGGUGAAACAGAUUGGAAAAUACUUGUUAUUAAUGUAGAAGAUCCAAUUGCCCCCGAGGUUAACGACAUUAAAGACGUCGAAAAACAUUUUCCUGGUCUAUUAAAAGCCACUGUUGAAUGGCUAAAGAUCUACAAAAUUCCUGAUGGGAAACCCGAGAACAAAUUUGCAUUUAAUGGUGAACCCAAAGAUUCUGAAUUUGCUUUGAAAAUAGUUAGUGAUACUCAUGAAUAUUGGAAAACAUUAUUACAAAAAGAAAACACUGAUGGCUUGUCUAUUGUGAACACGUCAUUGAAUAAUGCUUCUACUAUUGAUGGUGAAAAGGCUCAAGCAAUUGUAUCAGAGAGUUUGCCUCUAUCCGAGCCAAGUCCAUUAUUACCUGAAGUUGAUAAAUGGCAUUUUAUAAAAUUAUAAAAUGAUUACUUUACAUAAGAUCAUUUGUUUGGUGAAAUUAGAAAGUGGGAUCAAAAUAAAUAAAUUUUUUGGAAAAUAUUACGAUUUUUAUUGUAUUUACUUAAAUGGAAACCAUAUUCAUUCCUAAUUAAUGUUACAUUCAUAUUAUCACAAAAUAAAAUAUAUUUGUGUAAAAUGUAAACAUUGUAACCUCGUGAUAAACUUCAUGUUUCAAAAUAUGUAUUUCAAUAAAUCGUAAAAGUAUUUUGUUCAAA